GGAUUGAAUUGGUACAUAUUUUUCGAUAUCUUUUCGACAUUUUUCUUCAUACGAGAUGUGUCUUUUCUCUGUCUAUUCGGCAUCUAACUAUUAUUUCUCUGUAACUAAUUUUCCACAUAUGUUUUCCUGUCGUCGCUAUAGGAGCUCUUCAUUAAAUAGAUCUUACAACUAUUAUACAUCUGCCCAUUAUACCACGCCCAAUAGCAUGAAGAAAAUCAAUAGGUGGUCAAAGACUUGAACAAAUGGAAGGAGUUAUUUUAAUUGGAUUGAAUAUCCACUAUUCGAUAUCUGUUUAAGAUUAAUAUUUCCAUAUUCCCCCUGUUUAAGCCUA